UCAAACAAUGAAACUGGGUGUUGUUUUAUUUUGUUUUUACAAAAUUGCGAUUAAUUAUUAAAAUUAAAUUACGUUAAAUCAGCCACUGCCAUUAUGAAUACUUUGGAGAAAGAAUUAUCCGAUCUCCGGAUUUACGCCAACGAAUUGGAUGCGAAACUACGAGAUGACAUCAAAGCCACCAAGAAGAAGAUUACACCGAAAAGAAAAGUAAACCCACCGUUCCCGCAGAUACCUCAAAGUUCCACGGUGAGGGCUGCAUGCGAGCCCUCAUACACUUCUAAACUUGAGACCGGUAGUCGCACGAGCUCUACGUACUCUAACCUGGUGCCAGUGAAGAGUUUUAUUGUAAGAAAUAAUCCUCGUUCGAGAAGUGGCGAUGUUCUCUUAUACACUAAUUUAUUACCGCCAGGAGGCACGAAUCACGUAUACUCUAAUAUUCCCAUGCAGCAAAAUAUUGCCGAGAGCAUUUACGGCGACAGAGAUACAAGAUCUGAGAUCUCAAGGCUCAGUGAUUUGGGGGCGCAGUCGAAUUACAGCGAGCUAAGGCGGCCCGGGUCGGCGUAUCCACCUUCCUCGGCUUCUGUUAACGCUCAAGACUUUUCAACUUAUGGAGGCUCGCAGACAUCAUCAACUUAUGAGUCAUUGUACGAGCCAAUAAACCCGAGACCAUGUAGCCAAAUGUCUGGUACGUCUUUGUACAGUGGUUAUGUUGGCACCAGAGUGGAACCCACGCCGGAACCAGAAAAGGCACUGUAUUGUGGAAAUUGUUACAAAUGCGGAGAGAAAAUUAUGGGAGAAACUACUGGAUGUACUGCGAUGGAGAGGAUUUACCAUAUUGCAUGCUUCUGUUGCCAAGAGUGCGGAAUAAACUUGCAGGGCCGACCGUUCUAUACAGUCCAGGGCAAGGCGCUCUGCGAGAAGGACUACCUGGCCACGCUGGAGAAGUGUUCUAUAUGUGGCGACCCUAUCCUAGACCGCAUCCUGCGGGCCACGGGCAAGCCGUACCAUCCCCGGUGCUUCACCUGCGUGGUAUGCCAUAAGAGUCUAGACGGGAUACCGUUCACAGUCGAUGCAGUGAAUCGUAUUCAUUGCAUUGAAGAUUUUCAUAGAAGAUACGCGCCCCGCUGCGCCACCUGCCGGGAGCCUAUCAUACCAGAAGGCGGCAAGGAGGAGACUGUCCGCAUCGUAGCCCUGGACAAGAGCUUCCACAUCGCCUGCUACGCCUGUGAAGACUGCGGCAUGUCACUAUGUUCCCGCGAGGAAGGUCUCUGCUUCCCUUUAGACGGCCAUCUUUAUUGCAGGGAGUGUAACGCGAGGCGUAUACAAGAUUUGUCAAGGAAUAUCAGCUAAUUUGGUGGGUUGAGAUUGAUUGAUCAAUAUAUUUUUACUAGCUUUCCGCCCGCGGCUUUGCCCACGUGUAAUUCGGUUAUAUAUAGCGUUUUUUAAUGAUCUCGACAGGGCUUUUUCUUCCACAGGCUGAAAUCUUGUUACAACUGGAAUUAAAUAUAGCCUGUGUUACUCAGGGAUGAUGUAGCUUUCUAAUGGUGAAUGUUUGAAAUCGAUUCAGUAGUUUCGGAGUUUAUCGAUUACAUGUGUAAACAAACAAACAUAUAAAAAAAAUAGAUUGUUCCUCUUUAUAAUAUUAGUAGAAAGUUGUCAUACAAAGUCUUUUUUUUAAGGAUGGGAAAUCAUGACCUCUCCCGCUCUGGGUGGAACGGAAAGGAGUGUCAGACUUUUACUGACUAAAACCCACCUCGUUCCUUCAGUUGCCCUUUGCGUUCCGGGGCCACGGUAUCUCGUUAGAACUUUCCCGCAGCCCCGGCUCAGUUUAUCCCGUUUCCCCCCCUUGGGGGUUGACAUUUCAAAAAUCCCUUCUUAGUGCUCACUUAUGUUACUAAAGGAACCUCUGUUCAAAAUCUCAGACUCCUAUACCGAGCGGUUUCGGCUGUGCGUUAAUAAAUCAGUCACCCAAUCGCACCCCCUAAAUCACGAUUGGAGGGUAGUUUGAAAAAACUUAUAAUGUCAAACAUAUUUACUUGCCUAUGUACGUGUUCAUGCCAAGUUUCAAGUUUAUAAACCCAAAGAAUAAGAUUUUUCAUAGAAACGUUUUUACCCCUUUUCCCCCCCUUGGGGGUUGAAUUUCCAAAAAUCCUUUCUUAGUGCUCCCCUACAUAUCCCAAGGAACCUACAUUCCAAAUUUCAGCUGUCUACGACCAGUAGUUUCGACUGUGCGUUGUCUGUCAGUCAGUCACUCAGUAACGGAAGAGUUUUAUAUAUAUAGAUUUUAAAAGUUCUUCUUUUAAGAAAGGUCUCUCCUUCCCCUAAGACGGCCAUCUAUAUUAAAGGGAGUGUAAUUUGAGGUGUAUACAGGAUUUGCCAAGGAAUAUCAGCUAAUUUGGUGGGUUAAGAUCCAGUCGCCCAUAAAAUUAAGAUUCUUCCGUAUAGCGAUGGGCUAGCAGAUAGGCGAUGGGCUGGCUUAUAGAAAUAGCAACUGAUUUGGUCGGUUAAGGUCGCGUCUAAUUAUAAAAAGGUUCUACUCUAAGAAAGAUCUCAUGGAGUGUAAUUUGAGCUACGAGGGGUUAAGAUCAAGCCUAAUUAAAAAAACUACAUCAAGUAAGAUUUUCCCUUUACAAUGAAAUCUAUGAUUAAUCGAGGCAUGUACAACCUUAACCCUGAUGCAAUUAAUUAACUUAGGAAUUGAUCACUUGUCCAACUCAAAAUGUUCUAAAAAGUCCUGUCGACUCCAAUUUAUUAAAGAACCAGAAUAAAGUAAUAGAUUAUUAUACUCAAGUUGGCAUGCGUUUUUUGGUAAUAAUAUAUAUAAUUCACAGAUAUUCUAUGUACUGCUUGAAAAACAAAAAUAUUCAAUGCAUGUUUUGGAGCUAAUUUUUUUUUAAAGUAGAAGAAACAUCUUUGGUUAAAAAAAAAAUAUUUUAUCUUUGUAACUUAAGUAGUAGAGUAAGUGUUCUAUCUACGUCUAUUGUCUAUGUUUCAUUAGUAAGUAAAAUAACGUCGGCAUUUACAAUAUGUAACAUAAACCCUGUUUGAUCUGAAAGGGGCAUGUGCACCUAGGUGACAAGUUAAAAAAUUAAGUAAAGAAAUUUAUGCCAUUACUAAAUAAUGUGGAUUUGCAAAAAACCUGUAGUAUUGUUUUGUAUUCUUUUGUAAGUGGCGCUUAAUUCAGCGCAUUUCGUUGCUUUUUGUAGGAGGUGUUAAUUUCGGCGCUUUUUGUACAUGUUUGUUAAAUUCGUCGCUUUUUGUAGAUGUCGCUAAAUUCACGCUGCAGCGGCGGAUAAAAGUUAGUUAUAUAAUUAAAUGCGCAAAUUUAAAAAGAUUGGUUCAUUUUCAUUUAGGCCAUAACGCGUGAAUAGACAAAACAAACUUACUUUCGCAUUUAAGUAUAAUAUGAGUUGGAAUGUAGAAUUUUCUUUAAUUUUCCUGAUAUAUAUCAACAUCGAAAAUAAAAUUAAAUAUUUCUGUAGUAAAACCGCUUUAGAAAAUGACGUUCGCGGGUGAAACGGGUUUUUGUUACACAUCGUGUAAUUAUUACUAUUGAGAUAAACAUUCCUAAAUGCAUUUAUAUAAACGUAGAAUAAAGGCUGUGUAGAACUGAUUUUAUACAAUGGUUUACAGUAUUAUUGUUGAAUGGGAAUUUUCAUGUGAUUCUAUUUUAAGUUUAUGCUAAGAUAUUAUAGUAAGACAUUGAUUUAAUUGUACAUUUUGAGAUAUAUUUUACGCCUGUCGGAAUUGCUUAAUACAAAAUGGUAUUUGUAUUUUGUAAGCCUAACAAAUAGUGCCAUGUUACUUUUAUACAUUAUUUGGGUUGUGUCAUGUAAUUUAAACGCGUAUAUUUAUACAGUUUUAGAAAUAAGAAUUAAGAAAAGCACGCUUGUGUGUGUAUGUACUUAAUACCUAAUGUUUAAGUAAUAUUAUAUCUAUGUAUCUGAAAAAAUUACUCAGUAAGCUUUUAUAUCACAAAUUUAUCCUCUUAACUUUUAAAAGAGAUCCUCAUUUUAUGAAAUCGGUUAAAUAUCUCAACCUUCUACUAAGUGUAAGAAACACCGCAUCAAAAUCGGUUUAGCGAAACGCGAGAUAAUCGCGGACAAACAUGUACACACGUCAAACCGAGAACCGCCUUUUUUUAAUGCGGUUAAAACAUGUACAAAAGUAUGAUACUCCACUGAAGUUUUCCCUUCAAAGGAAAAAUCCAAAACCGGUUUGAAAAAGUUAUCGACGAUUAGAUAUACAUAGUUAUACAGCUUAAUAUUUAGGCGUCCUAGUCAGAGUUUACUUUGUGUAAGCUGCUGGUGUGUUUGUGUAUUAUUUUGCAUCAAUGUUAUGUAAGUAUUGUGGCAGUGAUAA